CAUGGCCGACGGCAACGCACCGAUGGCCAUCCCGUACGGUGCAAAGCUCAUGACGCUGACCAUCCUUGGCCUCAUGGCCGUGCUCGCUUGGACUCGCGCCAAGUCCUCCCGCCCGGCGACGCCGCAAGGCCCAGACAGCGCCGACGAGCCGCCUUGGCAAGAAGACGAAGUGCACCAGAUGACUUGCGCCUUCAAGAGCCUCAGCAUCAGCAAGACGUCACGCCCUAACCUUGGUGGCCCGGCCCUGUCGGUGCAGAACUGGCCUGUCCGCUCGCCCGUGGCCGAUACCUUUGCCGACGAUGCCUUGUGGUUCAUCGACCAGGGAUGGAACGGCGUCCGGUACAACCUGAUCACUGUUGUACUCCGCGUCUUGUUCUUGCUGUGCACUGGCCAAGCAGCGAACGCCAUCGCGCUCCUCGACGAUCUAUGGCACGCUGGCGGCCUCCUGCACAUGCUCGGCUCGGUCGCAACGUGA